UUAGAUGACGAACAAAAGAAAAUGCAUGAUGCAUAUAAAAAAUGUAUGUAUUGUAAAACACAAUUACCAGAUGAGGGAAAAAAUCGAGUAAUAGAUCAUGAUCAUAUUACAGGAAAAUUUCGCGGAGCAAUGCAUAGUAGUUGUAAUCUCAAGUUACGAAUCGAUCCAGAAACAAUAAAAAUUCCAGUAUUAUUAUGUAAUGGAAGUGGCUACGAUUUUCAUCAUCUAAUGCAAGAAAUAGCAAAAGUGACAGAUAAAAAAAUAGUGCCUAUAGCAAAUAAUUCUGAGCAGUAUAUUACUUUCUCAGUUGGUCAGCUUCAAUUUAUUGAUAGUUUAAAAUUUUCGUUACCUGGUUUAGCUAAGAUGGCAGAAAAUUUACGUGACGAAAAGAAGGGCCAAACUAAAACACCAGAACAACUAGCCAAAUGUUUUCCAAUUAUGUCAAAAUUUAUCUCACCUAAUUUGUUAUCAUUGCUUACGCGUAAAGGAAUUUUUCCAUAUCAAUGGUUAAAUAGCAAAACAAAAUUUAAUGAAACACAACUACCUUCACGUAAGGAUUUUAAUAGCGAUUUAGAUGGAUAUAAUUAUUGCGAGCAUGGGUGUGAAAACAAAGAAUGUAAACAUGAGAAAAUUUAUACUAUAUCUCAAAAGGAUUAUGACUUUGCCUGGACA